CCUGGAUUCACCCUAAAAUAAUUCCGACGUCUCCUCCUUGGGUGAAGGUUCACUGCGGUGACUGUGUAACGUUAGCUGUCUGUUAUAGUUCAGCGUUUCAGCCACAAUGUCUGGUCGUGUUCUUGUCGGAGUUAAGCGGGUCAUUGACUACGCAGUAAAGAUUCGCGUGAAGCCGGACAACAGUGGUGUGGUGACGGAUGGCGUUAAGCACUCAAUGAACCCCUUCUGUGAGAUCGCUGUGGAGGAGGCGGUCAAGCUGAAGGAGAAGAAGCUCAUUAAGGAGGUUGUGGCUGUCAGUUGUGGACCGCAGCAGUCGCAGGAGACCAUCCGUACUGCCCUUGCCAUGGGGGCCGACCGUGGCAUUCACGUGGAAGUGGCUGGAAAAGACUACGAAACCCUCGGACCCUUGCAGGUCUCCAAGAUCAUGGCUGCUUUGGCCAAGAAGGAAGAAGCUCAACUCGUCAUCCUUGGCAAACAGGCCAUUGAUGACGACUGCAAUCAGACCGGCCAGAUGACAGCAGCCUUACUGGACUGGCCUCAGGGUACCUUUGCAUCAGAGGUGUCACUGGACGGAGACAAGGUUAAGGUGGUGAGAGAAAUUGAUGGUGGCCUGGAAACUAUUAAGAUCAGCACACCGGCAGUGUUGACCGCAGACCUUCGACUCAACACCCCCAGAUAUGCCACCCUGCCUAAUAUCAUGAAAGCCAAGAAGAAGAAGAUUGCCAAUGUGAAGCCUGCAGACUUAGGGGUGGACCUCACAUCGCGGUUGGAGGUGUUGAGAGUGGAUGAGCCUCCACAGAGGCAGGCAGGAGUGAAGGUGGAGACAGUGGAGGACCUGGUGGGCAAACUCAAGGAGACAGGGAGGAUAUAGAGGCUUCAGGAGCACAAGCAGCGGAGCACAGACACUGGCAGAAGGGUAGGUAUCAGUGUCUUCACUAGGGCCCGACCGACGUGGAUUUUUUUUGAGUCCGAUGCCGAUAUUUGGCAAAAAAAAAAACAAUUCUGAUA